CAACACUACUAGCCAACCUGAUCCCUAUCUAUCGGGAAUUUUUUCGACAAAAGCAGCAAGACUACGGGCUGCUGCCUCUUCCUGCCAGAGAAAGACUGAUUGAACUACCAAAGCAAACAACCAGAGAUGAUCAUCAGAGACAUCCAAGCGAGAUUGCUUUGCUUUUUCUUUUCUUGUCCGCGACGAGUUCUCUCCGGGUAGUGUUCCAAGUGGGUAGCGACAUGAGAAAGUGGAACAGCACGAGCUUGAGCACGAGUAUUCCUCCUCUCCGUCUUUCGUGCCGAAGCUCAACCAGCUCUCCGCAAACACUCAUGAUCGAAUCAUCUAUGUCCAAACAUGGCCCCUUACCGGAGUAUAUCAUCGUUCAGUUUUCUCCGGAGACAGAGACACCGUCGAUCGCCAUCGCUUGGCCAAAAGCUGGCCAGUACGGGAGCGACGCCGUUAAACCCUGCGCAUGGCGAAAUUACACGACCAGGGGGCUACCCUUGUCUGUAUCUUUACCGUUGGUACUAGAGACACUUGGUCCAACCGGUCAGUGCAAUGAGCUUGUUGAGUGUACUCCGGUACUGUGGUACACAAGAGAGCAUCCAAAGGAACUUUGCCCGUUCUCUCAAUCAAAUGACAAUCCGAAAAUCUUCCGUAGUGAUGAACAUCUCGGCCGAGGGGCAUAGGAAAUCGGCCGGCGAAGACACCUGCGAGCAAGUCGCAUCUAUUCUCUCUGGCCUAGUAAGGCAACCUAUUUCUCCGCGGCGUUUCUUGGCAAAAUCAUGGUGCUAGUCAUCAUCCCAGUAUUGUAAUCGUCCCAUUUGCCCUUGCUUUGUCGGUGAAGAGACGAGCAAAAAACGUACGGAGUACGUAAUUGCGGCUUGCUGAUCGCGAUGCUCGCGAAUGUAAACACUGAAAAUGACAUCUUGGUUUUGAAGUAUUGUACACGCAGUUUGGCAUGCUCAAGACGUUUGUCCUGCCCAGUUUAUGAUCCAGGAAUCUAGUAACAGCUCU